GAGAACCCUCCCUCGCCUCCGCUCGGGCCUUACGGCGUCCCUUUCACCCUAGAGACGCUCCGCGGCGCAGCCCCUCCCUUACCGCCUCUAUUAAAAAAAGAAAGAAAGAAAGAAAAAUCACCCCCUAGCCCUCACCCGUGACCGGCGGGCCUCGCGGCCUCUCGUGCGGCUUCCGGGAGCGGAGGCGCGGCCCCGCGGGCCGGAGGAGGCGGAGGCGGAGGAGGAGGCCAACAUGGCGGCGCGCAGGGCUGGGCCGGGCCGCCGCAGCGCCUGAGCCCUCCACCGCUGUCGCUCGGCUCGGGGCGCCCACCCCCGCGCCCACCCUGGCCCGGCGGCCGCGGAGCGCGCAGAGCAGAAGUGCAGGGGCCCGCCCGGGCGCGGGGACGGCGCGGAGGCAGCGCCGUGCGGCCCGCCAGGCCCCGGACCCGCAGCUUCGCAGCCCGCCGGCUGGCGCAGCCCGGAGGCCCGAGCCAUGGAAUCGGAGGAGGAGCAGCACAUGACCACGCUGCUGUGCAUGGGCUUCUCGGACCCUGCCACCAUCCGCAAGGCCCUGCGCCUGGCCAAGAACGACAUCAACGAGGCCGUGGCGCUGCUCACCAACGAACGGCCGGGCCUCGACUACGGCGGCUACGAGCCCAUGGACAGCGGCGGCGGCCCCAGCCCCGGGCCCGGCGGGGGCUUGCGGGGCGACGGCGGCGGUGACGGCGGUGGUGGAGGCCCUUCCCGCGGCGGCAGCACCGGAGGCGGCGGCGGCGGCUUCGACCCCCCGCCCGCCUACCACGAGGUGGUGGACGCCGAGAAGAAUGAUGAGAACGGAAACUGCUCAGGGGAAGGAAUUGAAUUCCCUACAACAAAUUUAUAUGAACUGGAAAGCCGCGUUUUGACGGAUCACUGGUCCAUACCUUACAAGCGGGAAGAGUCACUAGGCAAAUGCCUGUUGGCGUCUACCUACCUAGCAAGACUUGGUCUUUCUGAGUCUGAUGAGAAUUGUAAAAGAUUUAUGGAUAGGUGUAUGCCUGAAGCAUUUAAAAAGCUGCUGACAUCAAGUGCUGUUCACAAGUGGGGUACUGAAAUUCAUGAAGGGAUCUACAACAUGUUGAUGCUAUUAAUAGAACUGGCUGCAGAGAGAAUAAAACAAGAUCCAAUUCCCACUGGUCUGCUGGCUGUGCUUACAAUGGCUUUCAAUCCUGAUAAUGAAUACCAUUUUAAAAACAGAAUGAAAGUAUCUCAAAGGAAUUGGGCAGAAGUGUUUGGAGAGGGAAAUAUGUUUGCUAUUUCACCUGUAUCUACUUUCCAAAAGGAGCCUCAUGGAUGGGUUGUGGAUUUGGUAAAUAAGUUUGGAGAAUUAGGUGGAUUUGCAGCAAUCCAGGCCAAGCUCCAUUCAGAAGAUAUAGAACUUGGGGCAGUAUCAGCACUGGUGCAGCCCUUAGGGGUGUGUGCAGAGUACCUCAACUCCUCAGUGGUACAGCCCAUGCUGGACCCAGUCAUCCUUACUACAAUCCAGGACGUGCGGAGCGUGGAAGAAAAGGACCUUAAAGAUAAGAGAUUGGUUAGCAUCCCGGAGCUCUUGUCUGCCAUUAAGUUACUUUGCAUGCGCUUCCAACCGGAUCUGGUGACCGUUGUGGACGACCUUCGACUAGACAUCCUACUGCGUAUGCUGAAAUCACCUCAUUUUAGCGCUAAAAUGAAUUCCCUCAAAGAAGUAACCAAACUAAUAGAAGAUAGCACUUUAUCCAAAUCUGUGAAGAAUGCUAUAGAUACAGACAGACUGUUAGAUUGGCUAGUUGAGAACUCAGUUCUGUCAAUUGCAUUGGAAGGCAACAUAGACCAAGCACAAUACUGUGAUCGUAUAAAGGGAAUUAUUGAACUCUUGGGCAGUAAAUUGUCUUUAGAUGAGCUGACUAAAAUUUGGAAGAUACAGUCAGGACAAUCAUCUACUGUGAUCGAGAAUAUCCAUACUAUUAUUGCUGCAGCAGCUGUCAAAUUUAAUUCAGAUCAGCUUAAUCAUUUGUUUGUUCUCAUUCAGAAGAGCUGGGAGACCGAGACCGAUAGAGUAAGACAGAAGCUAUUGAGCCUGAUUGGACGAAUAGGCCGGGAAGCUCGCUUUGAGACCACUUCUGGAAAGGUGUUAGAUGUACUCUGGGAACUGGCUCAUCUCCCAACGCUGCCGAGUAGCCUUAUUCAGCAAGCUUUGGAGGAGCACCUGACAAUCCUAAGUGAUGCGUAUGCAGUGAAAGAAGCAAUCAAGAGGACCUACAUCAUUAAGUGCAUAGAAGAUAUUAAAAGGCCUGGAGAAUGGUCAGGUUUGGAAAAAAACAAGAAGGAUGGAUUCAAGUCAUCUCAACUUAAUAAUCCCCAGUUUGUAUGGGUAGUACCAGCUUUGCGUCAGCUACAUGAAAUCACCCGCUCAUUCAUAAAACAAACCUAUCAAAAGCAAGACAAGAGCAUUAUUCAAGACUUGAAGAAAAAUUUUGAAAUAGUGAAAUUGGUAACAGGAAGUUUGAUAGCUUGUCAUCGGCUUGCAGCAGCCGUGGCUGGACCUGGAGGCUUAACUGGUUCAACACUAGUGGAUGGCCGAUACACUUAUCGGGAGUAUUUAGAGGCCCAUCUAAAAUUUCUGGCAUUUUUCUUGCAAGAAGCUACUCUGUAUCUGGGUUGGAAUCGUGCCAAGGAAAUCUGGGAGUGUCUUGUGACUGGCCAGGAUGUUUGUGAAUUAGAUAGAGAGAUGUGUUUUGAAUGGUUUACAAAAGGGCAGCAUGAUCUUGAGAGUGAUGUUCAGCAGCAGCUCUUCAAGGAGAAGAUUCUUAAAUUGGAGUCGUAUGAAAUCACCAUGAAUGGUUUUAACUUAUUUAAGACUUUUUUUGAAAAUGUGAAUCUCUGUGAUCAUCGAUUGAAAAGACAAGGAGCUCAAUUGUAUGUAGAAAAGCUGGAAUUGAUAGGAAUGGAUUUCAUUUGGAAAAUAGCCAUGGAAUCACCUGAUGAAGAAAUUGCUAAUGAAGCUAUUCAGUUAAUCAUAAACUACAGUUACAUUAAUCUAAAUCCUAGGUUAAAGAAGGAUUCUGUAUCAUUACAUAAGAAAUUCAUUGCUGAUUGCUACACAAGAUUAGAAGCAGCCAGUUCAGCACUUGGUGGCCCCACUCUGACACAUGCUGUGACCAGAGCAACAAAGAUGCUUACAGCAACUGCCAUGCCAACUGUAGCCACGUCAGUCCAGUCUCCAUACAGAUCCACUAAACUUGUAAUAAUUGAGAGAUUGCUGCUUCUGGCAGAACGCUAUGUGAUCACUAUAGAGGAUUUUUACUCUGUUCCCCGAACUAUUCUACCUCAUGGUGCCUCAUUCCAUGGACAUCUUUUAACUCUUAAUGUUACUUAUGAGUCUACCAAAGAUACCUUCACUGUAGAGGCUCACAGUAAUGAAACCAUAGGGAGUGUCCGGUGGAAGAUAGCCAAGCAAUUGUGUUCUCCAGUGGAUAGUAUACAGAUAUUUACAAAUGAUAGUCUGCUGACAGUGAAUAAAGAUCAAAAGCUCCUCCACCAGCUGGGCUUUUCUGAUGAGCAAAUCCUCACAGUAAAGACUUCUGGCAGUGGGACCCCGUCUGGGAGCUCCGCAGAUUCCUCAACCAGCUCCAGCAGCAGCAGCAGUGGGGUGUUUAGUUCAUCAUAUGCCAUGGAGCAGGAGAAAUCCCUCCCUGGUGUUGUGAUGGCGCUUGUGUGUAAUGUAUUUGACAUGCUUUACCAGCUGGCCAAUCUAGAGGAGCCAAGGAUAACUCUACGAGUACGAAAGCUUCUGCUCUUGAUACCCACUGAUCCAGCCAUUCAGGAAGCCCUUGAUCAACUUGAUUCUUUAGGAAGAAAGAAAACAUUGCUGUCUGAAACAAGUGCUCAGUCUUCAAAAUCUCCAUCCCUCUCUUCCAAGCAGCAGCAUCAGCCAAGCGCCAGUUCAAUUUUAGAAAGUCUGUUUCGAUCUUUUGCUCCAGGAAUGUCCACCUUCAGAGUGCUCUACAACUUAGAAGUUCUAAGCUCCAAACUCAUGCCAACAGCUGAUGAUGACAUGGCAAGAAACUGUGCAAAAUCCUUUUGUGAGAACUUCCUCAAAGCAGGAGGUUUGAGUUUGGUUGUAAAUGUCAUGCAGAGGGAUUCCAUCCCAUCAGAAGUAGACUAUGAAACAAGGCAGGGAGUUUAUUCCAUCUGCCUACAACUUGCAAGAUUUUUACUUGUGGGACAAACAUUGCCAACAUUAUUAGAGGAAGACCUCACCAAAGACGGCAUAGAAGCACUUACUUCUCGCCCGUUCCGAAAUGUCAGCCGGCAGACAAGCAGGCAGAUGUCCUUAUGUGGUACCCCAGAAAAGUCAUCCUACCGACAGCUGUCAGUGUCUGACAGGUCUUCCAUUAGGGUUGAGGAAAUCAUCCCUGCUGCUCGAGUCGCAAUACAAACAAUGGAAGUCAGUGAUUUCACGUCUACUGUGGCUUGUUUCAUGAGAUUGUCAUGGGCUGCAGCUGCAGGACGGCUCGACCUCGUUGGGAGUAGCCAACCAAUUAAAGAAAGUAAUUCUCUGUUUCCUGCUGGAAUUCGAAACAGACUCAGCAGUUCAGGAAGCAAUUGCAGCUCUGGAAGUGAAGGGGACCCGGUAGCCCUGCACGCAGGCAUCUGUGUGCGACAGCAGUCCGUGUCCACCAAAGACUCACUGAUUGCUGGAGAGGCUUUGUCUCUUCUUGUUACGUGCUUGCAGCUUCGGAGCCAACAACUGGCAUCUUUCUAUAACUUGCCCUGUGUUGCUGAUUUUAUCAUUGAUAUUCUGCUUGGAUCACCAAGUGCUGAGAUUCGCCGUGUUGCCUGUGAUCAACUGUAUACUCUUAGUCAGACAGAUACUUCAGCCCAUCCAGAUGUGCAGAAGCCAAAUCAGUUUCUCCUAGGUGUGAUUCUCACUGCUCAGCUGCCUCUCUGGUCCCCAACUAGUAUUAUGCGAGGAGUCAAUCAGAGACUGUUAUCCCAGUGCAUGGAGUAUUUUGAUCUGAGGUGCCAAUUAUUAGAUGAUCUGACAACUUCAGAAAUGGAGCAGUUAAGAAUCAGCCCAGCUACCAUGCUCGAAGAUGAGAUUACUUGGCUGGAUAACUUUGAACCUAAUCGCACAGCUGAAUGUGAGACCAGUGAAGCAGAUAACAUCUUAUUGGCAGGACACUUACGGCUCAUCAAGACCCUUCUUUCACUCUGUGGGGCAGAAAAGGAAAUGCUUGGUUCAUCACUCAUUAAACCAUUGUUAGAUGACUUCCUUUUCCGAGCUUCUAGAAUUAUUUUAAAUAGUCAUUCUCCAGCUGGCAGUGCCGCCAUCAGUCAACAGGACUUUCAUCCAAAAUGUAGUACAGUGAAUAGCCGAUUGGCAGCCUACGAAGUCCUUGUAAUGCUGGCUGAUAGCUCACCUUCAAAUCUUCAAAUUAUUACAAAAGAACUACUUUCUAUGCAUCAUCAACCUGAUCCUGCUCUUACCAAGGAGUUUGAUUACCUUCCCCCAGUGGAUAGCAGGUCCAGCUCAGGGUUUGUGGGACUGAGGAAUGGUGGCGCUACAUGUUACAUGAAUGCAGUCUUCCAGCAGCUGUAUAUGCAACCUGGUCUCCCGGAGUCAUUACUUUCAGUGGAUGAUGACACGGACAAUCCAGAUGAUAGUGUAUUCUACCAAGUGCAGUCUCUCUUUGGGCAUUUGAUGGAAAGCAAGCUGCAGUACUAUGUACCUGAGAACUUUUGGAAGAUUUUCAAGAUGUGGAACAAAGAACUUUAUGUGAGAGAACAACAGGAUGCAUAUGAAUUCUUCACCAGUCUCAUCGAUCAGAUGGAUGAAUAUCUCAAGAAAAUGGGGAGAGACCAAAUUUUUAAGAAUACUUUUCAGGGCAUCUAUUCUGAUCAGAAGAUCUGUAAAGACUGUCCUCACAGCAGAUAUGAGCGCGAGGAAGCUUUCAUGGCUCUCAAUCUAGGAGUUACUUCCUGUCAGAGUUUGGAAAUUUCUUUGGACCAGUUUGUUAGAGGAGAAGUUCUAGAGGGAAGUAAUGCAUAUUACUGUGAAAAGUGUAAAGAAAAGAGAACAACAGUGAAAAGGACCUGUAUUAAGUCGUUACCUAGUGUCUUGGUCAUCCACCUGAUGAGAUUUGGAUUUGACUGGGAGAGUGGACGCUCCAUUAAAUAUGAUGAACAGAUAAGGUUUCCCUGGAUGCUAAACAUGGAGCCUUACACAGUUUCAGGAAUGGCUCGCCAAGAUUCAUCUUCGGAAGUUGGUGAAAACGGGCGAAAUAUGGAUCAGGGAGGUGGAGGAUCUCCACGAAAAAAAGUUGCCCUCACAGAAAACUACGAACUUGUCGGUGUCAUUGUACAUAGUGGGCAGGCACAUGCAGGCCACUACUAUUCCUUCAUCAAGGACAGGCGGGGAUGUGGAAAAGGAAAGUGGUAUAAAUUUAAUGACACAGUUAUAGAAGAAUUUGACCUAAAUGAUGAGACCCUAGAGUACGAAUGCUUUGGAGGAGAAUAUAGACCAAAAGUUUAUGAUCAAACGAACCCAUAUACUGACGUACGCCGAAGAUACUGGAAUGCCUAUAUGCUCUUCUACCAAAGGGUGUCUGAUCAGAACUCUCCUGUGUUACCAAAGAAAAGUCGAGUCAGCGUUGUGCGGCAGGAAGCUGAGGAUCUCUCUCUGUCAGCACCAUCUUCACCAGAAAUUUCACCUCAGUCAUCUCCUCGGCCCCAUAGGCCUAACAAUGACCGGCUCUCUAUUCUAACCAAGCUGGUUAAAAAGGGCGAGAAGAAAGGACUAUUUGUGGAGAAGAUGCCUGUUCGCAUAUACCAGAUGGUGAGAGAUGAAAACCUCAAGUUUAUGAAGAAUAGAGAUGUGUACAGUAGUGAUUAUUUCAGUUUUGUUUUGUCUUUAGCAUCAUUGAAUGCUACUAAAUUGAAGCAUCCGUACUAUCCUUGCAUGGCAAAGGUGAGCUUACAGCUUGCCAUUCAGUUCCUUUUUCAAACUUAUCUACGGACAAAGAAAAAACUCAGGGUUGACACUGAAGAAUGGAUUGCCACUAUUGAAGCAUUACUUUCAAAAAGUUUUGAUGCUUGUCAGUGGCUGGUUGAAUAUUUUAUUAGUUCUGAAGGACGAGAAUUGAUAAAGAUCUUCUUGUUGGAGUGCAACGUGAGAGAAGUACGUGUUGCUGUGGCCACCAUCCUGGAGAAAACCCUAGACAGUGCCUUGCUCUAUCAGGAUAAGUUAAAGAGCCUUCAUCAGUUACUGGAGGUACUACUUGCUCUGUUGGAUAAAGAUGUUCCUGAAAAUUGUAAAAACUGUGCUCAGUACUUUUUCCUGUUCAACAGUUUUGUACAAAAGCAAGGAAUUAGGGCUGGAGAUCUUCUUCUGAAGCAUUCAGCUCUGCGACACAUGAUCAGCUUUCUCCUAGGGGCCAACCGGCAGAACAGUCAGAUACGUCGAUGGAGUUCGGCCCAAGCACGAGAAUUUGGGAACCUUCACAACACAGUGGCGUUGCUUAUCUUGCACUCAGAUGUCUCUUCCCAAAGAAACGUUGCUCCGGGUGUAUUUAAACAACGGACGCCUAUUAGCAUUGCCCCCUCGAGUCCCCUGCUGCCCCUCCACGAGGAAGUCGAAGCUCUCUUGUUCUUGUCUGAAGGGAAACCUUACCUGUUAGAGGUAAUGUUUGCUCUGCGAGAGCUGACAGGCUCACUGCUGGCGCUCAUUGAGAUGGUGGUGUACUGCUGUUUCUGUAACGAGCAUUUCUCCUUCACCAUGCUGCAUUUCAUUAAGAACCAACUAGAAACAGCUCCACCCCAUGAGUUAAAGAAUACGUUCCAACUACUUCAUGAGAUGUUGGUCAUUGAGGAUCCCAUACAAGUGGAGCGAGUCAAAUUUGUGUUUGAGACAGAAAAUGGAUUACUAGCUCUGAUGCACCACAGUAAUCACGUGGACAGCAGUCGCUGCUACCAGUGUGUCAAGUUUCUUGUAACUCUUGCUCAGAAGUGUCCUGCUGCUAAAGAAUACUUCAAGGAGAACUCCCAUCACUGGAGUUGGGCUGUACAGUGGCUGCAGAAGAAGAUGUCAGAACAUUACUGGACACCGCAGAGUAAUGUCUCUAAUGAAACAUCAACUGGAAAAACCUUUCAGCGAACAAUUUCAGCUCAGGACACAUUAGCAUAUGCCACAGCUCUCCUGAAUGAGAAGGAGCAGUCGGGAAGCAGUAACGGGUCGGAGAGCAGUCCUGCGAAUGAGAACGGAGAGAGGCACUUACAGCAGGGUUCUGAAUCGCCCAUGAUGAUCGGCGAGUUAAGAAGUGACCUGGACGAUGUCGAUCCCUAGGGGACGUGCCCAGCACAUGAUGAGAAGUCACGUCACGGUUACUAGAUGCUCAGGACCUUUUUGCAAUCAGAAUCUCACCCUUGAACCCUUUGGAAGAGCCUGGAGGCUGGACCAGGAGAGCCUGCCGUGACGGGAGGAGCACGUGUUUUAAGGAAAGCACUCUUCAGCCCCCGGGAAGGCCUGGGAGCUGUUUGGCAGCAGAAGAACUCCGGCCUGUGGAUCCGCUGACCCCCGGGGCACAGUCCGUAUGUGGAUUGACACAUUUGUGGAGAUUUUAGGAAAUAAAGCCGGUGGUAGACUGUUUUGUUACAUGAACAUAACAAGAGUGAGUGAGGAUAAAGCUAUUGCUUUCUCUGUGAUGCUACAAAAGAAAUUCCUUUGGUUUUUAUAUUUAAAAAAAAAAAAAGCAAGCUGCCUUUAGAUGAGUGCGGGCAAAUUUUUAAUCUUGCAGUAACAUUGAAUAGGAAUAUCCAAUUUAAAAUGGUGUAAAGAUAUGUGAUAAAAAUUCCUUUUCACUGUAAAAUAGUAGUUAAAGAAUUCAGUUUACACAGACCUUUGUAUUUAAUAUGUCUCCCUAUUUGUAUAGAAUUUCAGGUUGGUCUGGAUGAGAGCUCUGCGCAUAAACUUGGAUCUUGAUGAAAUGUUACCAGGAUCAAAAAUUGGGAAAUUAAGCUCUUUAAGGUAUUUUUCUGAUAUAAUUGAGAUUGAAAGAGCAAUAAAAAAAAAAAAAAUGCUGUGUUCUCCAGAAGUACACGCUGCGUUCUUUGACAUCAGUUACUGAAGAAGUUGCGAGUUGUUCCCAAAACGAAUUUUAAAAAGAGCAAAAUAAAAAGCACUUUAAGAUAUAAUUUUAUUGAGUUUGACUUAAUAAAAUCAUCUUUUUAAUGCUUGGAGACAUAUUGAAUAAACUGUAGUCUUAAGUCAUGUGACCUACAAUCAUUUGCUUUUGCUGAAAAAUAAUUACGGAAACCCUUGGUACUGGUUGUAUAUGAAGUUUAAAUAUUUGAGUUGAAAGACACUGCUUUGUGAGUUUCUAGACAUUUUAAUGCAGAGAAGGAAUUUGAGACUUAGUUUCUCCUCAGCAUGACUAACUGACACUAAAAAGAUGGGGACAAGAAAUAACUAGUAAGCAACUGAACAACCAUCCAUUUAGUUGUGUUUCCCAAGUCUUGUACCUUGCACUCAUUUCAGGUUAGAUGCCACAUCCCCCUUUUUCUGGAGGGGAGGGGGGAUGCCAACAUAUCUCAUAUACUUUGUGUGUUUUUGGGUUUUGAGUCACUACACACAUUUUCAACCCUGUUUGCCUUUAGUUGUGUGCCCUGCCUUGUCCUGUGCUCUCCAUGCACAGGACUAAGGGAGCCUCAGGAAGAGCCGAGUGGCCCCAGUCAUAGAUCUGCAGAGUCAGAGAGGCUCAGUGGACCCGUGACAGGACAGAUAGCUGCUCCCAGUGCGCACCGCAGACCCUGUCAUCUCACGGUCCAAGGUUCAAGUUACGGUGCAGCCGGGCUGCAGUUUGUGAUUGCGUGACAGGCUGGUGGUGGCUUCUGUCAAAAGACACUGAGGAGGUGGAGGGCCGACACCUAAGAGCAGAGCUGCACCCCAGAGGAAGGGUCAGAGGCAGCCGGCAGAUUUUAUGUGGUUCUGAUGUUCUUGCAAAUUCAAGUGUGAUGUUUCAAACCGGAUUUUGAGCACAUGAAUACCCCAUGUCCCACUAUCUCCCCAGCCGUCCCCUCCAUCCCCAUCCUCACAAAGCGACCCCACAGGGCGUGACGCUGAAAUGCCAGCUGUGAUAAAGCGUGAUGAUACCACGCUGGCAGCUGCGCUCUCAGGAGCCCAGAUUCAGGAGUGAGAUUGCCACUUCUGUCCCCUCUUUCCUAUGGAAACAAUGCCUUCCACAACCCCCAGCACCUGCUCCCUCACGGUCGUGUUCCUCAGGACCAGCAUCACCUGUCGCUGAUGUUAGGCGCCCUGGUUGAUUUGCUCAUGUUGCUGCGAGGAACAUCACGUUCACGUUGCCAGUAACCUUGAUUUCCAAUGGCUGCAGUCUACGAACCUGCUGAUGACUUUCUUUUGAUGUCAUACAACAAAGUGACAAUUACGACAGGCUUGCUUUGGAAGAAGGGUCAUUUUUACUGCCAAUUUUUUUGGAUGAAGAUGUUUUUAUAAAUCUUUCAAAAUGGUCUGCAAAUCGAAUAGGAAUUGCACAACUGAACUCAAUGCUGUGUGUUCUCAAGAAGCUCCCUUCGUGAGGCCCUUCUUAGGACGGCCGAAUCAGCCCCUUAGAGGCGUCCUGGGAGAGAACGCAAAUGAGCCUUCCGAAGGGUACCUGGCCUGUGACUUCCCCUGGAUCCCACACACGGCCGUGACAGAACAAACGCGGGCCUAGAGCACGUGUCACCAGACUCACCCUGUCUUGCUCCACCCUCCCUGCUAACAUCGAGGUGUGUGCCGUUACCUUCUGAGCUUGGAACGAGCAGACUGGAAUUUUCCUCUGCUACCUCUUGUGUACAAAAUCUUGUUUAUAAAAUUUCAAAAGGAAGUAGAUAAACUAGGGAAGAAACUUAAUUCUAAAUUUGGUUCACUGAGUGGCACUUCUUAGCUUC